GCCGCUGCCCGGGGCUCGGCCGGCCGCGCUGCCCAGCCGCGGAGCGUCUCGCGGUCGGAGAUGGGUUGAGAUGCCCGCGCCCCGGGCAAGCCCCCAGCCGCGCGGCCGCGGACACCGCCAUGCGCCCGCCGGUGCCCGCAGCCUGCGAGGGGAGGCGGUCCCGCCCAGCCCCGGCUGCGGCCGCGUCUGAGCUGCCGGGACCGCGCGCCACAGACCCGGAGCAUCCCGGUCCCUGGGGCCGGGCCGCCGGCCUCGCAGCCCUCCCCCAUCUCUCCCGCAAUCGGCCGGCAGCCCGGGUAGUUGGCCUGCCCCAGCUCGGGGAGACAUGCCCGAAUCUGGGAGCGCUGUGACUCUCAGCCCCCCACUUCACCCCGGGAAGCAGGCUUGCUGAGCUCGGAGCCAGGAGGGACCAUGGGAGGGACGCAAGUCAAAUGCCUGACUUCACCCAGUCCUAUCCACAGUGCAAAGAGCGAAUCCAUUAUCACCCAGUCGGAGGAGAAGGCAGAGUUUGUGAUUAUUCCCUCUGAAGGAAUAGAGAACAGGACAGAGGAGACAGACUCUCCGGUAUCCCGAGACUGGCGACCAGGCAGCCCCACAACCUGUCUGGAGACGUCAUGGGAAGAACAGCUGUUGGAACAACAAGAACAUUUAGAAAAAGAAAUGGAGGAAGCCAAGAAAAUGAUAUCAGGACUACAGGCCUUGCUGCUCAGUGGGUCCUUACCUGAAGAUGAGCAGGACAGGCCCUUGGCCCUCUGUGAACCCGGAGUCAAUCCCGAGGAGCAACUGAUUAUAAUCCAAAGUCGUCUGGAUCAGAGUGUGGAGGAGAAUAAGGACCUAAAGAAGGACUUGCUGAAAUGUAAACAAGAAGCCAGAAACUUACAGGGAAUAAAGGAUGCCUUGCAGCAGAGGUUGACUCAGCAGGACACAUCUGUUCUUCAGCUCAAACAAGAACUACUGCGGGCAAAUAUGGACAAAGAUGAGCUACACAACCAGAAUGUGGAUCUGCAGAGGAAGCUAGAUGAGAGGAACCGGCUCCUGGGAGAAUAUAAAAAGGAGCUGGGGCAGAAGGACCGCCUCCUUCAGCAUCACCAGGCCAAGCUGGAAGAAGCACUCCGGAAACUCUCUGAGGCCAGUUACCAGCAGGUGGAUCUAGAGCGGGAGCUAGAACACAAAGAUGUCCUUUUGGCUCACUGUAUGAAAAGAGAGGCAGAUGAGGUGACCAAUUACAACAGUCACAGCUCUCAAAGCAAUGGUUUUCUCCCUCCGGUGGCAGGAAAAGGAGCUGCUUCAAUCACUCCUAGAGGGACCAGCGACCUGCAGCUCGUUCGAGAUGCUCUCCGCAGCCUGCGCAACAGCUUCAGCGGCCACGACCCUCAGCACCACACCAUCGACAGCCUGGAGCAGGGCAUCUCCAGCCUCAUGGAGCGCCUGCAUGUCAUGGAGACCCAGAAAAAGCAAGAAAAAAGGGUUCGGGGAAAGUCACCCAGAACUCAAGCAGGUAGUGAAUACCAGGAGUCCUGGCCUCCUAAUUCCACCUUGCCUCACUCACAGAGCUCUCCAACUGUCAGCAGCACCUGCACUAAAGUGCUCUAUUUCACUGACCGCUCACUUACACCCUUCAUGGUCAAUAUACCAAAGAGGCUGGGGGAGGUGACACUGAAGGAUUUUAAAGCUGCUAUUGACCGAGAAGGGAAUCACCGGUAUCACUUCAAAGCGCUGGAUCCUGAGUUUGGCACUGUUAAAGAGGAGGUUUUCCAUGAUGAUGAUGCUAUCCCUGGAUGGGAAGGGAAAAUUGUAGCCUGGGUAGAAGAAGACCGCGGGGAGAAUUAAUUCUAAGUAUCAGAUUUGGACUGGUGGAACUUGGCAUGCCCUGGCUGCUUCACUCAGGAACGAGAACUAAAACUAGAAUACCCUACAAAGUUUCUAGUUUUUGCUGCCAAAAUAGAAGCUUCUCCAAGUGUGACAGCCACAGGCCAGUCGUUUCUGUGCCUGGUGUAUGUGGUACUUAGAAUCCCUGUCCAAAUGUAGACCAUGAAUUCAUCGGGAGUUCCUUGUCCGUGGGAACACAGUAUUUUAUUCUGCUCUGAGGACAACAAACCGAAGGCCUUAACCAAUAGGAUGGACGAUCUUGCUCCUGUAGGGGCAUGGCUGCUACUAUCUGGAACCUGGGAAUUGGAUGCCUCGCUCUGCUGUUAUUUCAAUUGGCCUCAGUGGUUGCAGCAAUCAGAGUCCAGCAAUUGUACUCACAGACAAGGCAAAGAUACCAGCUUUUUUGCUUCUUUGCAGCUAUUACAAACCAAGAAUAACUCAUGGAGUGGUACCAAAGAUGAAAGCCACUCUUCAGGAAUCUUUUGGACUGGACAUGGAUGGUACUGAAUUGUUAGUUGGAUGGAAAAAGGGCUGCCCAUAUUUGUGCUAAACUGUGCUAAAACCAUAAUUAAGUAAGACCUCGGGCUGCCUCUUGUGUCUUAACUGGAUCUGCAACUUGUCCUUUAGCCCACAGGGCAUAGUCCAUGUACUGCUAGUUUUCUCUGGGGACUCUUCAACUUUAGAGCCAUUUUUCCCCCUUCCAACUGAUGAAUUUUAUAUUUGAAAGGAAUAAGGAGUGAAAGUCUCCUUAAAAAUCCAGGCGGGUAUGGAAAGGUGCUGCUACCCAUAUCUUCUUGACUUUCUUUCUCUCAUGACUUUCUUUAGCUCAUGGCAUCUCCUUUGCAAUUAAAAGGAGACAGACCAUUAAUUUCAGUAUUUGUGGUUUAUGAAGUAUUGAGCAUGAGUUACUGAUCUGCCCUUUAGUUCAAGGCCAGAGUUAUUUUCUCAUAUAUUUAGUCUAGGCUGAUCCUUUAGGACACAAUAGAAACCAUGGGGCAUGGAGCAUGGGUUGUAAAUGGCAGGGCUGAUUCUGGGUGAAAAAACCUAGAAUCCUUUCUCAUGUGUAACAUUGUCAAGUGUAAAGUUAAAAAAGAAAAUUGUUAAAUUUCUAGAGAUUACUCAAUAACUUGGGUUUUUCUCAUUCAUUCAUCAAACACUAUCAACCAGCCAUCAUGAGAGAGAGAGAGAGAGAGAGAGAGAGAGAGAGAGAGAGAGAGAGAGAGAGAGAGAGAGAGAGGUUUGCCUUCCAAAAGCAGUCUGCCUGUGACCACCAAUGUACACUGCCAACCAGGAGAGUUGGGCAGGUCAGUUCUGGGUUCUUGACCUGUCUGUCUCUAGUUCAUCUUCCCUUUUCUGCCAUUUCAACAGACUACUCACUCAUUGGAGUUCUGAGAUGACAUUUUGUUGUUUUAUAAGGAUGUGUUUGGAGAAUUCUUUUGUACUCACUUGAUUUUUUGUCUGAGAACCAUGUCUAUUUUUAUAAUGAGUGUGAGUUCUGUAUAUUCUCACGUUCUGUAUACUGUGUCCAUUGUCUGGAGAACCCAGUAGCUUUUAUAUUGGGCUCUUCUUAUCAGCCCGUGGUUUCCGAAUGAGCUUUAUUUUAUUACAGGCAUACUAAUGAUAACUAACUCCUGUUCCAGUUCUACCUGUCAUAGUGUGGAGCUAGUUUUACAUAAUCUAUUUGAUAGUUUUUCUAGCAGACAGGAGAUCAAAAGACACCUGAUGUCUUCAUGUAAGUUUACCUGGUCUUCUAUUGAAGGAUGAUUUCUCAUCAGAAAUGACUGUGAAAACUUGGGAAAGUCAGUCAUAAGAAUAAUUCAUUAUGAAAGCACCCCGGUAUAUUCUCAGUUUAUUUUUCCCAGAAAGUCUGGAGAAAAAGUCCUAAUGUCACUAAUUUGUCUGUUGCAUGGAUUUUAGUGUUUUGCUAUAAGACAGCAUGAGGGUUAUCAGGCCAAAAUUCAUUACUGUAUUUCCAGUACAAUUUACCUUGAGUGUCUGUCUCUUAAAUCAGUUUGUACUUGUCAGUUUUCUUUCAGCAAACAUUCUUACCAUCAUGUAGAAUCUACCUUUUCAGAGAAAAUUAAAUCAGAGCAAAAUUUCAAAGUUCUCUAGCUUUCUUGUUUUUUUAUCUCUAUGUUCUUUGGAAAAGGCGCUGCAUGGCCUUAGUGCCUCCAUAGAAAGCAGAAGUUGAGUUCAGGGGAGAAAAUGAGAUAAUUUUUUCCCUUUAGCUCAUCGAUCUCUUAUGCCCUAAGCACCUCCGUUACAGGAUGUCACUCCAAUAAUUCUUGUGUAAAAUGUGUUGGUAAUCUUCAUUCCAGUUUCUAGAGACAGAGAAACCUUCUGGGGUGGAGUGUGCAUUGAUUCAUGCUGGUGUGAAUAGUCUCCUUUUGGAUACACUGUGGCUGUACUCUAGGAGGUGUCUUGAUUUAGUAUCAUCCCCUAUCCGUGUGGGGCAGUCCAUCCUGCGACAGCUGAAGUUCUUUCUUUGAGAAAUCUAAGGAACUAGAAUGUUUAGAGUUCAUAAAAUAAUCUCUAUACCCUGUUAGAUAUUUUUAAAUGAUCCUCUUAUACAAACUAGUCUAAUCGAAAGCUCAAUUCCUUUAAAAGUUUUCAUUUAAAAACAGAAUACCGUGCUUAGUCAGUUCCCUAAAUUAGCUGAAAGUGGAACGCUUUACAAUUUGUACCUAAAUAAUUCAGAUUAAACUCACUUGGAAAUGACAGUCCUACUUACUGACCAACUUUUCAGCUCUUUUUGACCAGGAUGGUUAUAAAUUAGGGAAAAUAUCUUAUGCUCUACAUCCAAUCCAAGAGGACUCUAAAUUACUUAAAAAGCAUUUAGGUCAAAAUAAUUUUUAUCUUUUUCCUAUAAAAUAAACAUUAUGAUUGCACACUU